AUGGAUAUGGCAUGUUUCUCGGCCGUCAUGGCGGUGUCGGCGCUGGCCUUCACGGGCUUGUCGGUGACCAAGCCGACGGCGCACCGCGUGUUCCAUCAGACGGCGGCGCUCUUCUGCUUCGUCGCCGCCAUCGGCUACUGGAUUAUGGGGUCCGGGCUGGGCGACAUCCCGACCGUCGUCGAGUUCGCUCGGCCCGACAGCGCCAUGGUCUCGGGUGCCGGGCCGGGCGGCACGCGGCAGAUAUUCUACGUGCGCUACAUCAACUGGGCCGUAUUGUCGCCGCUGGUGGUGCUGGCGCUACUAUUGUCCUCGGGCGCGCCGCUGUCGCUCACGACCAUGCUGGCGACCGAAAUCUACGUCGUAACGCUACUAGUCGGGGCGCUAACGGCGACGUCGUACAAGUUCGGCUACCUCGCCUUCGGCAUAGCGGCGCAGUGGUUCGUGCUGUACCAGCUGCUGAUGCCGGGGCGCCAGCACGCGGCGGCCGUAGGCGGCAGCGUCAGCAGCACGUACUUAACGGCCGCGCUGCUAACAGUCGUGGUCUGGAUCUUCUACCCCAUCGCUUGGGGGCUCUGCGAGGGUGGCAAUAUCUUGCACCCGGACUCCGAGGCCAUCUUUUACGGCAUCCUCGACAUCUUUGCCAAGCCCGUCGUCGGCUUCAUCCUCGUGCUAGGCCAUCGCAACAUCGACUUUGCGAGCCUGGGCUUCGCUUCGCAGAAGCCCGGCCCCGUGGGCGAAAAGACGACGGUGGCUGCGCCCGCGGGAGGCGUGAGCAACGGGGGCGGUGCCGCAUAG